AUGUCUCUUUUUCUUCUGCUUUGUGAUUGGUCGACAGAGGCGUGCGACAGCGCGCUGGUGUCCAAUCUCCCGCCGUCGUCCUUCAGAAGCUCCUCCCAGCUGUCCGGCAGCCACGCGGCGGGCUUCGCCAAACUCAACCGGAGAGACGGAGCCGGAGGUUGGUCUCCUCUCACCUCGGACGGGCGCCAGUGGCUGGAGGUCGACCUCGGCGAGCGCACCGAGGUCUCCGGGGUCGCGACCCAGGGCCGCUACGGCAGCUCCGAUUGGCUGACGUCGUACCUGCUGAUGUUCAGUGACACGGGGCACAACUGGAGGCAGUACAGGCAGGAGGACAGCAUCGGGUCUUUCCCCGGCAACAGCAACGCAGACAGCGUGGUCCAGCACAAGCUGCAGCAGCCGGCCGUCGCUCGCUUCCUCCGCCUCGUCCCUCUGGACCGGAACCCCAGCGGGAGGAUCGGACUCCGGCUGGAGGCCUACGGGUGUCCUUACGCCUCGGAUGUGGUGAGUCUGGGCGGCGGCGGCCUGGUGUACAGGUUGACCCCCGGGCCGCGGGCGGCCUUCAGAGAGGUCGUCUCCAUGAAGUUUAAAACCCUGAGGAAUUCUGGGAGGCUGCUGCACGCGGAGGGCGCCGGAGGACUCGGCCUCAGCCUGGAGCUGGAGCGAGGGAAGCUGCUGCUGCUGGUGGUCAGACGAGGUACUGCACGCUGCUGACAGACACAUCCCCGGCGUCUGGCGUCCCUCGGCAACCUGCUGGACGACCAGCAAUGGCACCGGUUGGCGGUGGAGCGGCGCGGCGCUCACCUCAACCUCACGGUGGACCGACACACGGAGAGGGUUCAGAUCCCCGAGGAGUUCACCCGCUGGGACGUGGAGCAGCUGAGCGUUGGCGUCGGCCCUGGCUUCCGGAAACCCGUCGUCUCCCAGAGGGACUUCCACGGCUGCCUGGAGAACCUGCGCUACGACGGCCUCCACCUGAUCCGGCUGGCCAAGGACAAAGACCCGCAGGUCGCCGUCAGGGGCAAUGUGACCUUUUCUUGUGCUGAGUCGGUUUCCGUCGCCGUGAUGUUCCCGGGCCCCCGCAGCUCUCCCCGGUUGUCGGGGGCGAGGGCGUCGCCGUCGUCGGGGGGCGUGUCCGUCGGGUUCCAGUUCCGGACGUGGAACGAGGCGGGGCUCCUGCUCACCUUCGACCUGCCUCGGGAAGGGGGCGUGGCCUGGCUGUACCUCGGCGAGGCCCGACUGCGGCUGCAGAUCCAUAAAGCCGGCCGGGCGCUGCUGGAGCUCAGUGCAGGUUCGGCCCUGAAUGACGGUCAGUGGCACUCGGUGGAGCUGAACUCCAGACGAGGUCGUCUGAGCAUCAGCGUGGACGAAGAGGAAGGAGGCGGCGCCCAAGCCGGCCACUCGUUUCCCGUGGCCGUAGAAAGUCACCUCUUCUUCGGGGGUUGCCCUGCCGACGACGAGCGGCCGCGGUGCAGGAACCCCUUCAGUGCGUUCCAGGGCUGCAUGCGGCUCCUGACUCUGGACCGGCACGUCGUGGACCUGAUCCUCGUGCAGCGGCAGCAGCGAGGAACGUUCGGCGACCUGCAGAUCGACAUGUGUGGCAUCAUCGACAGGUGUUCUCCCAGUCGUUGUGAACAUGGCGGCCGCUGCAGUCAGUCCUGGACCGUCUUCCACUGUAACUGCUCUGCGAGCGGCUACAGCGGCGCCACCUGCCACAGCUCGGAGUACGAGCGGUCCUGUGAGGCGUUCAAACACAACGGCAACACGUCGGGACAUUUCUACAUCGACGUGGAUGGCAGCGGACCAAUCAGACGGCAGCUGGUCUACUGCAACAUGACAGAGGAGAACACCUGGACGGUGAUCCAGCACAACAACACGGAGCGGACCAGAGUCCCUCCCCCGCCUCCGGGUGUCGAGCAGCACUCGGUCCACUUUGACUACUCCACGGGGGAGGAGCAGCUGUCGGCCGCCAUCAGCCAAUCAGAGCACUGCGAACAGGAGCUGUCCUACCACUGCAGGAAGUCCCGCCUCCUCAACACGCCAGAGGGCUCUCCCUUCAGCUGGUGGCUCGGUGGUGCCGGUGCCGGCGGCGUGCAGACGUACUGGGGCGGCGCCCAGCCCGGCAGCCGGCAGUGCGCCUGCGGCCUGCGCGGCGACUGCGUGGAGCCGCAUCACUACUGCAACUGCGACGCCGACCGCGAGGAGUGGGCCGAAGACUCGGGCCUGCUCACCCACGGGGAGAACCUCCCGGUCAGGUCUCUGGUGCUGGGGGACGUCCGGAGGGCGGAGUCAGAGGCCGCCUACAGGGUGGGGCCGCUGCGUUGUCACGGAGACAAGAACUUGUGGAACGCGGCAUCCUUCGACACGGAGACGUCGUACCUCCACUUCCCCACCUUCCACGGGGAGCUGAGCGCCGACAUCUCCUUCCUGUUCAAGACCACGGCGCCCUCGGGCGUCUUCCUGGAGAACCUGGGCAUCGAAGACUUCAUCCGCAUCGAGCUGAGCUCCCCCACCCGGGUGGUCUUCUCCUUCGACGUCGGCAACGGGCCGCUGGAGGUCGGCGUGGAGUCGAGCGUUCCCCUGAACGACGACCGGUGGCAUCGAGUCCGAGCCGAGCGCAACGUCAAGGAGGCGUCGCUGCGUCUGGACCGACUUCCUGUGGCCGCGCGGGACGCCCCCGCCGACGGACACCUGCACCUGCAGCUCAACAGCCAGCUGUUCGUAGGAGGCACGGCGUCCCGGCAGAAGGGCUUCCGGGGCUGCAUCCGCUCCCUGCAGCUGAACGGCGUGGCCCUGGACCUGGAGGAGAGGGCCACGGUGACGCCGGGGGUCCGGCCCGGCUGCCCGGGGCACUGCAGCAGCUACGGGCCGCUGUGCCGGAACCGGGGCCGCUGCGUGGAGCGAGCCGCCGGCUUCCACUGCGACUGCAGCCGCUCGGCCUACACCGGAGUCUUCUGCCAUACAGAGGUGUCGGCCAGCUUCACACCGGGGACCUCCGUCAGCUACACCUUCAAGGGGCCGCACGAGUCGGGCGGGAACGCCAGCGGCCGGCCGGCCUCCGUCUCCUCCGACGCCACGCCGAGGGCCGAGAACGUGUCCCUGAGCUUCAGGACCAAUCGGAGUCCGGCUCUGCUGCUCUACGUCAGCUCCUCCCACCGGCAGUCCCUGGCCCUGCUCGUCAACAAGCUCGAUAAGCUGGAGGUGAGGUACAAGCUGGACGGCGGCAGAGACGCCGACGUGUUGAGGAGCCGAGUGAAGAGUCUGGCCGACGGGCGACUGCACAGCGUCACCGUCAGGAGGCGGAGCGGCUCCGUGUCCCUGCAGAUUGACCAGAAUCCCAGAGAAGACUUCAACCUGACAUCUGGAGGAGAGUUCAACGCCAUCAAGUCGCUGGUGUUGGGCCGAGUGCACGGCUCCGAGGAGGCGGACCCAGAGCUGUCCCGGCUGGCGUCCCUCGGCUUCACCGGUUGCCUCUCGGCGGUGCGCUUCAAUGCCAUCAGCCCCCUGAAGGCCGCUCUGCUCCACCCGCACGCCGGCCCCGUGGUCGUCUCGGGGCCGCUGGCCCGGUCCGGCUGCGGCUCCUCGGCGGCGGCCGAUCCCGACGCGGCCGAGGACACGCGCCGCCUGUCAGACCAGUCUGGUCCGGUGGGUUCAGGUCAACCUCUAGUCAACGCCAUGAGGACUGACUCAGCUCUGAUCGGAGGCGUCAUAGCGGUGGCCAUCUUUGUGACCUUGGCUGGCCUGGCGAUAACAGCCAGAUUCCUCUACCGCAGAAAAGAGACGUACGGAAACCGGGAAGCGAAGUGAGACGGGAUGGAUAACCCGAGAGCGUGAAGAGUGCUGCCGAUAGAGGCGGGACGAGCGUCGCCUGCAGCUGCUCUUCAAACUCUAACGACGGAAAGUUGGUCACAUUCAAAGUUGGCCUCAAAACACUUAAACUGCCUGCGUUUGUAUUUUUAUAACCCGACAGCAGCAGGAAGUGAGCAGCUGAUGGCGGCUUGUGUUACGUUCUGGAUAUCUCUGCUGCAGCGAUUCCUUUUUAUUUAUUUAUAUUGAAGCAUGUUCAUGUAUUAAAAUAAAUCUCAAUCAAGUUGUUUCACAUUUGACAAAAAAAAAACAGACAGGAAACGUUGUAUUUGUUCAUCUUUCAGGGGACAAAGGACAACAAUCGCCCAGAUCUCACCAGGAAGCUUAAAAAAAUUAAGAAAGUAAAUCAUGGCAGUCAAUGGGAAGACCUUUUAUUGUGUAUUUAUUUGUAAUGCAGUGUUCUGGCAGACCCUGGUUGUCAACGCGGCUUCAUUGUUGGAUCUGUACACCUCAAAUUAUAUCUUGGGACAUUUAGCAGACAGUUUUUUUCUGCCAAUGUGCAAUGAUGAUGUAAUGGUCUCUAGUGUUGGUGAUUAACAUUGAUGUCGGUGGGUUUGAGAGACAAAAAAAAAAAGACCAGAACAUUUUAAUCAUGAUUCUGGUUGUUUCGUUACAGUCUAAAUCCUGUUUUGAAUGAAAUAAAUUGUUUGUUUUUUCCAGA